GAAGGAUCUCCAGUCACCGCUUCUACAGUCAUUCUACAGUACCUCAGUCACUGCCUCUCAGCAGUCAUUCUACAGUACCUCAGUCACUGCCUCUCAGCAGUCAUACUACAGUACUUCAGUCACUGCCUCAGUCACUGCCUCUACAGUCAUACUACAGUGAGAAUGUACGUGGAGGUGGCGAGUAUGUUUAUGUUGGUGACUGCCGCCAUGUGUGCUGCUGACGGAGCACCAAGGGACAAGAGAUAUAUUUUCUUCAAUACACACGCACCCAUCACCUUGGGCAUUCAAAUUUACGUGCCAACCUCAGUGGCACUGCCCAGCCUCGUACCAGGACCUGGACCUGCAUUUGCACGAACCUUCCAGUUGAGGAACAUGGAUGGUGACGUGGCCCUGUCUUCAGUACAAGGACGAGUCUCACACUUGAGCAGUAUAAUGGAGGAUGACAUACUGCCGGAGGACCUCAUCUGGCAGCCUUCAUAUAAACAAUCCUUAAGGAAACUCUACAUCUACUUUGCUCAUCUUGAGGUAAUUAGUUUACUGACAACGUUGAUAACGGAAACAGUAGUAAUCAAAUGGUUGUGGUAGACCAAAAUGGUAGAAGUGACCCAAGGUAAGAGACAUGUAAUUGUAACGUAAUGGUCACAUGUUGUAGAGGAUCAUGGAAAUAAUAGAUGUUACUGAUUACAUCUACCAAGCAAACAGCAAUCACGACUAGAUUAAAACCUGUUAUUGGUAUUCAUAACAAGAUGCUGUGUGUGGUUUUGCCAGCUAGUGUAGUGUUCUGGGUCCCUUAUUAUUCUUCUGCAAUGUUAAUGACAUACCUAUCAGUGUCAAGUGCAAACUCCUGUGUGCAGAUGACAGUGCUCUGUUAGUGACAGGUAAAGUCCCACAAGAUAUUGCUAAUGUUUUAACACUGGAACUGGAGUACUGCAGCAAAUGGUUAGUAGACAACAAACUAUCAUUACACCUCGGGAAAACUGAAGUCAUUCUCUUUGGAACGAAACAUAA